AUGGUGUCAAUUGACCCCGUGUGGUCUCAAGUGGCUUCACCACUGGGCAUACCACAGAUUGAGUUACCAAGGUUCAAAGCAAGGCUAGUGGCUAAAGGUUUUGCUCAGAUUGAGGGUGUGGAUUAUAAUGAGGUCUUUGCUCCAUUGAUUAAACAUGUUUCGAUAAGGAUUCUUCUAUCAGCAGUGGUUAAUCAGGAUAUGGAACUUGAGAAAAUGGACGACAAAACGGCAUUUCUACACGGAGUUCUACAGGAAAAGAUUUACAUGGAACAGCCAGAGGGUUAUGUUAUUAAAGGUCAAGAGGAUAAGGUCUGUCUUCUAAGUAAAUCGCUCUACGGCCUAAAGCAGUUGCCUAGGGAAUGGAAUUAUCGAUUUCACACAUUCAUUGUGAAGAAAAACUACAAGAGAAGCGAGUAUGACCCUUGUGUCUACCUAAAAGGGUCAAACAUCGACAACAUGGUCUACUUACUCCUAUACAUGGACGACAUGUUAAUUGCUUCUAAGAGUAAAGCUGAAGUAGGCAAGCUUAUGGAGCUGUUGAAAUCUGAAUUCAUGAAGGACUUAAGGGCUGCAAGGAAGAUUCUGGGUAUGGACAUUUUCAGGGACAGAGAGAAAGGUUUACUAACUCUAUCACAGAUUGACUACCUGAUCAAAGUCCUAAAGACGUUCCACAUGUGGGAUUGCAAGACAGUUCAGACACCGCUAGGAUCACAGAUCAAGCUACAAGCCCUUACAGAGAAGCAAGAGCAGGAAGAGUCUAGUUUCAUGGAUGAAGUACCUUUAUCGAAAGCGUAG